CUGGCCACCGCACGACAGUUACAUUUUGAUCGUAGUGAAUUCCAGGUAUUUACAUUAGGGUGGACUUACGUGCAUGCAAUUGCUGUAUCUGGCAGCUACGGUGAGCGUGGAAUUGAUUCAUUUCGCGCUGCUGCAAAUGAUCUGGGCGUAUGCAUCGAUGGUGACGUCCAUAAAAUCAAUCGACAUUGGAGUGAUGCACAGUUUAGGUUCUCAUCAACGAAUGUCCUUUCACUUGUUCUCAUUUUCAAAUUUUCACAAAAAGAACUGAUACUGAAGAUGAAACAUACGAAAAAAGCACGCGGUGUUGUGAUGUUCGUUGAUGAGGAUCACUUGAGGCGCAUGCUCUCCAGCUUAGAUGCUCUUAUACGCAACGAUUCUACUCUGAACAAUUAUUUUUGGUAG